CAUGUCCACUCCUCAAUAAUCGAAGUUUUAAUUCGCAUUUCGAAGUGGAAACAAUAUUAUUCAACUUGGAGAUGCCGAGGUCGGUGAAUUAAUUGAUGAUGGAGUCUGUCAAUCGUCCGGGGGACGAACCGGUGGAGCCUGAGUUCAUCCUCGGGCAGUUGAACAUCGCACGCCGAGAGAUUCACAAUUUGAGACAACAAAUUAAGAGCCUCAGGUACAUAUUCGAGAAGGAUGUGAACGGUAUAAAGAGACUCAUCGGUCUCAACUCAGGAGCCAGUACCCCAGGGGACGAUCUGACUCCUGUGGAGCCGACGACGUCGACUUCCCAACCGGUGGAUACGUCCUGCGUGUCCAUGACACCCAUCGGAGUUAUCAAUACCGGAUUCCCCAAUAAAAGAGCGACUCCGAGGCAGUCGGGAAUCGGCAGGGACAUGUGUGGGAAGAUCACGUUAUUUAACACCGUUUUCACUAAUCCGGAGCAUGCGUUGAAUGGACUGCAGGAGUUCUCACACAUGUGGAUACUCUUCCACUUCCAUCGUAACGAGUCGACCCACAUCCGUGCAAAAGUGGCCCCCCCUCGCCUCAACGGCGUGCGAACCGGAGUGUUCUCCACGCGCUCCCCGCACCGUCCCUGCCCGAUCGGUCUCAGUCUCGUAAAAAUCCUGGAGAUCGAGGAUAACACGAUCCUCUUCGAGGGAGUGGACACAGUGGACGGUACCCCAGUGCUGGACAUAAAGCCCUACAUUCCCCAGUACGACAGUCCCCUGCACGUCGAGCACGUGCUGAAGGGCGAGACGAACGGCAACCCUGAGGAGCAACUCGAGGAGAGCGUCGAAAUAAUGAGUGAACCACCGAGAGAAGACGUAUCAGGAGACGAGGAGCUGGCCCUGAGGCUUCAGGCGGAGGAGUUUGAGAACUCCUCGACCCUCGAGAGCUCUCCAGGGGCCCUCGAGGCUGAGUAUUUACUUCCCCAGGUGGACAAUCCCCCAGGAAACGAUUCCUCGAUUCCCCCAGGGGCUGGGGAUGAGGAUCCCAGGAAUUCUCGACUGCUGGACGGAGCUGAUGGCCCCAGUGCAGUCUGUGGAACCGACAUGGACUUCCUCAACCGAAGAAUGCUGAACCUGAGGCACGACAACUCCCCAGUGAGGAUGGGAGUGCGCGAGGCUCCCGAUGGCGAAGAGGGACUCGAGUCCCAGGCGCUAAGGCCCUCCCAGACUGUAUCUAAUAUUCAGAAUAUCCCUGCUGGGGCCUCCAGGGUCAGCACCAGCAGUCUACAGAAUCUAAGCGAAGGGGCUGAGGCCCUGGAGCAAGUCGACGUCAGAGUGCCCGACUGGAUCAGCCAGUCUGGAUCUAGAUCUCUGUCCGUUGUCUUCAAUGAGAGGGCUUUGAGACAGCUGAAUGAAAUUGUUAAUGACAAGACGGAGGAGCAGAAGAGGGCCAUUGAGAAUGUCCUCAAGGAGGACCCCAGGUCUGUCUACCUCAGGCAGAGGUGGGCCAAUCAGUUUUAUACUUUUCUCAUUCAUGAUUUACAUAUUAGCUGUAGGUUCGAUGACAGCAGGGGAAUUGUCACUGUUUUUCAAGUCAGACCUGCUGGCAGAAUCUGCGACUGUGGGGAACCUGAGUGGCAGUGUCUCGGGCACUCGCCUGUUUCGUAAUUGCGGGGAGAAUUUUGUAUUCAAUUUUUUUUAUUUAGGAGAGAAGUUAAUGAUAAUAUAGGGAUUAUGGAGUUUUUGGAGCAAGUGAGAUAAAAUGUUUUGGUUGUUCUUGAAUUAUCCUUGAAAGGGUGCGAUUUGGGGAAAAUGUUGAGAAACACUUUUUGGAGGAAAUUUAAUUAUGCACGAAAAAGAUUCUUUGAUAUUUCCUCCUAGGACCAACCGUUUUCGAGAUAAAUAGACAAUUCAAAAAAUUGUUAAUUCGAAUUUGUGUAAAAUUCAAUUUUCUUGGCAUUUCCUCAUAAAUAACGACAAAAAAUUCGCGCAAAUGUAAAAUUGAUUUAUUUACUUAAGAAGGAAAGUAUAAUUCACGUGAACUCAUGGAAAAUUACGUGUACAAUCUGAUGGUGGCAUCAGCCCCAGCCGAGAAAACCCAGGGUUGAAUAGGAUGGAAUGCGACAUCCAGAAUGCCAAAGUCGUUGUAAGCCUCGUGAUUGGAGAACCUCUUGAGAGGGACAAUGAGUGGAUUCUGGAGAAGAUCGCUGCAAUUAAAAAUACCAUAAAAUUAGAAAACUAUUUUGAAGCUAUUCAGACAUUUCUCAAGGCUUAUUCUCACUUGUAAACCAUUCCAUGAGAGACAAUGAGGCCUCUGUCAUCAGCACCAGAUGCAAAUAGAGGAUAACGUUUGUGAAAUGCCACUCCACGCACUCCAGUACCAUGCAAUCUCAAUGUCUGAUAGGGCUUUGUACUUAAAUCCAUGUCAAACCAAAGCAUUUUACGAUCGUAUGUACCAACGAGUACAUUAUCACCAGCUGAAAGUUGAUUUAAUAAAUUAUUGAAGUAAAAAAUGUUUAAACACACUCAAUGAGUUUUUCUAUUAUUAAUUUUACAAUUGUUUGAGUUAUUAUUUUUUUAUUUACCUGGAUGAAUGGCCAUUGUUGAUAUCCACUGGCAUCCAGACAACAAUUUCUUUAUCAUCUCUUGUUUCUUGAGGUCAUAAAUACGAAUGUGUCUUUGAGUCUGAAAUAUUUGAAUAUUUUUAUUGAAUUUCCAUUCACUUCAAUUCAAAAUCAGAGAUGAAUGUUGUCAUUCUACAUUAUUUAUUUACUGUGAUUUAUCAAAAUGAAAUUAAACGGCCACUUCAUAAAAAUUAA